AUGGAUUUAGAUGCGGCAUUCGCUUUCACAAUCGACUACCAUGUAAUUGAGGCCUACAAAUUUCUCAUAAAGCAGUUUUGUCCCGGUGACAAAAUAUAUCUUUUUGGGUUUAGCAGAGGAUCUUUUGUGGCUCGAAUUCUUGCUGGAAUGAUCCACAAGAUUGGAUUAUUGGAUCAAAGUCUUCAAACUAUGGUUCCAACUGCCUGGAAAAUGUACCAAAAAUGGGAAAAGGAUGGCCAACCAACAGAAGGAGAUAGCUGCGAAAGUUUGGAAGAGUUUCGAAAGACUUUUUGUAGGCAAAAGGUGGAAAUAGAACUUAUGGGACUCUUUGACUCUGUCAAUUCCUGUGGUAUUAUAAUCGACAGAAUGUUUCCAUACACUUCAAUCACAUCCCACGUGAAACAUAUCCGGCAUGCAAUUAGCAUUAAUGAAAGAAGAUGUAGGUUCAAGGAAAAUCUCUUUGCGCAGAAUCCUGAGCAGGAACUUGGUGCAAUGUCAGAUCCAGAACUGCAACCUUUAUUCUCAGUUAUGCAAGAUCAACGAUGUUCCGAUGAUAUGGUAGAAGUCUGGUUUCCUGGUGAUCAUUCCGAUAUCGGGGGUAGUUGGCCUUUAGAUGAGAAUGGACAUCAAUUAUCUAACGUUUCCUUGAGAUGGAUGCUUUCAUUUGCCCUUGAGUUUGGAGUUCUAUUCAAGCAGGGAGCCAUUAAUGAAUUUUCGACAAAAUUUCCUCCAAAAGACUGUGUUCUUGCUUGUCACCAUGAUAAUCUUUCACUAAAACGUCCACCUUAUAUGUUCAAUGAUUGUCAACCAAUGGGCAGAGAUGAUCUCUUUCCUGUCCCUAGUAAGACACCAAUUGAACUAUCAGAAACUGGUGAAAAAGGGAAUUGUGGGAGAGGAGACAGUAGUUUGAUCGCAACAUGGUUCUGGUGGUUUGUAGAAAUUCUUCCAUUCGGCUAUUUAACCAGACAGAAUGAUGGAAAAUGGGUUACUCGAUACUGGCCAAAUUUCGGUAAUCACCGAAUCAUACCUAAAGGUGCAAAGAUUCAUUGGUCCUUGCUCUGGAGAAGCAUGUUUAUCUCUGAUUAUCGGUAUUCCAACGUUCCGUUAAUCUAUCAAGAUUUUGUGAAUUCAGAAAAAAUGGAGCAUGGACACAAAAGAACUAAGAUCGCAAUUUUAAGCCUCGUUGAUUGCAGGACAGGUGCAUUGGAUGAGACCAAAAUAUCCAGUUUAUUAGAAGAAAGAAGAAAGCAUCAAAUGGCGGUUGACUGGAAUGCUCUACCGGAUGACUUAAAUAGAUGUAUAAGAUACUCAGUAGGAAAAGAAUAG